AUGUUGGAUUCGCCGUGGUUUCCCCCAACCAGCAAUUUCGGCGUCCCACUGGCCCAUUUAGGCAUUACGCCGCUUGAGCUAUAUUUCCGCUCACCGUUGGAGAAACGGCGUAACAGGAUGGGCUGGCCGCCAGGCUCGAGCGACAGGGAGAGGGAGGGAUUCGAUAUGCUGGCGGCUGGCGAUUGGCUGGGGGAGGUUGCCGAGGAGACGGGAUCAAACUACGCAAUAGUUGUGUCGUGGUGCCUUAUGGGUAACAGGACCGUCCCUGCGGGCAGGGGGUGGGAGGAGAUGUUGAGGGAGGUGGUAAUACCGCUGCAAAGAUGCCUAAGUUCUUUCAAGCUAGCCGAGGGCGUGUAA